AUGCAAUCAUUGGUUGGAACUAGGCAGGGAACCAACACGUAUGGGAAAGAUAAGAAAUCCACGAAGAAUUGCAAGAAACCUGCAGAGGAACCCAAACUACUGAUCAACAUGCACCGAGUCAAAAUGAAAGGAGUUGUUCUAAGAGGAAAGGCAUGUGGUCUGGCUGAAGGUCUUCCCACCAUAAAACCAGCUAAAGAGGUGAAAAGGAAGAAGUUGAGGAAGACAUGUGAUAUAUCCUCAAAGGUGCCAUUAUCUAUGUCUGAUCCCACUGGAAAAGGAAAGGACAAUAUGAAGAAUUUUUUGAAACCAAUGACGUUCCUGAAAUUCAAUUUGAAAUUUCAUAUCAAACUACCAAGGAUGUUAUUUAACAGUACAUUGAUUCAAAUGAUUGUAUCAGCCGAUAUUCAAGGUAAUACUUUUAAAUCAAAACCUUUUAAAAAGAUUGUUGUUAAUGUAGUUAAUAAUGUGUCAGAGAUAAGCAUUCGAAAAAGCUUACUAAAUUUUAUUUCAAUUUUUAGUAUGUUCUUUCUAUCAAUUAAUUAG